UCCCAGCCUAGCAGACAGCACUCUCUCCUCUCACCAAGACAUCAUGAUGCAACUAAGGACUUUAAUUUUCACAUCUGUUAUGCUCCCAUGGAUACUGUCUUCUGCAGCAAAAGAUGAAUACAUGGAGGCACGAAAACCUAAGAGAGACAUUGCAAACCUUGCUGACUAUGUCUCCCCUCAAGUCUCAAACACCAACAUAGAAGCCCCAAAAGCUGCUGAGCUGCCGACAUGUCUACUGUGUGUUUGCCUGAGUGGGUCUGUUUACUGUGAGGAGGUGUCCCCUGAAAUGUCAGCUGUCCCCACACUGCCAAAGGAAACAGCAUAUCUCUAUGCACGUUUCAACAAAAUCACAAAAAUACGCAAUAAAGACUUUGCAGACAUGGCCACACUAAGAAGAAUUGACCUGAGUGAGAAUCUCAUCUCUGUGAUAGAAGAUGGUGCUUUUUCAAGACUUCCCAAUCUUGAGGAGCUCACUCUUGCAGAAAACAGACUGACCAAACUUCCUACACUUCCCACCAAGCUAGUUUUGUUCAAUGCCAAUUUCAACAAGCUAAAAACCCAGGGAGUAAAGGCAACUGCUUUUAAAAAACUUACGAGACUGGCGUACCUUUACCUUGGAAACAAUGAGCUGACAGCAGUGCCCCAACUUCCAGAGUCACUUCAUGUUGUGCACCUGCAUAACAACAACAUCUCAACAAUAACAGAUGAGACGUUCUGCAGAGGUAACACCAGUCACUACAUCCGGACCAACAUGAACGAGGUGAGACUGGAUGGUAACCCCCUCAAGCUGUCACAGCACCCUAACAGCUUCAUCUGUCUGCAGUCUCUCCCUGUCGGAUGGUACAACUGAAACUGCAAAAGCAUGCUUUUGAUAGAGGUAAACCUUAAAGGGCCAGUUCUGUGUAAACUGAAGGAUGCAGAUACACAAGUAGUAAAAAUACCAUCUACAAAAUACAGUUCUUAAGUUACAUU